GUGGAGGCGUGACUGCGGUGUAACAAUUUAUUAUUGUUAUAUUUAAUUAAACUAGAAAAAAAAUUUAAAUGAGUAUAACAGAAACAUUUCAGAACGGGACGGUUUUCGUUACCGGAUGUACGGGGUUUCUGGGGAAAAUACUCACAGAAAAAUUGCUAAGGACAUGCGACGUGAAGAACAUUGCGAUUCUCGUUAGAGGUAAAAGUAGUUUAACUGCCAGUCAAAGAGCGGAAAAUAUCUUUAAGCAAUCUAUAUUUGACCGCCUUAGAACUGAAAAACCCGACUUUGUGACCAAGAUAAAAAUAAUUGAUGGAUAUUUAGAAGAACACUUAUUAGAAAUUUCAACAGAAAAUCGUGAUUGGUUGAUAAAAAAUGUGAAUUUUGUUUUUCAUUGUGCUGCUACCGUCAAAUUUAAUGAAACUCUUCGGGUGGCAACAAAGAUAAACAUUCAAGGAACAGAAAAUAUAUUGGCACUAGCAACGGACAUGAAUAACCUUAAGGGUUUUGUGUAUGUAUCAACCGCUUAUUCACACUAUCCGAGAAAUGAAAUUAAAGAAGAAUUCUAUCCCGUUCCAAUAACAGUCAAAGAACUAAAACAAUUAAUUAUAUCAGAUGAAAAUAUUGACAACGUUUUGGAAGAUUGGCCCAAUACAUACACUUUUACUAAAGCACUAGCCGAAAAUAUGAUAUUAACGAACGAAAACCAAUUACCGAUUUCAAUAUUUCGUCCAUCAAUCGUAGGUUGCACGCAAUCUGAACCAGAACCAGGUUGGUUUGAUGGUAUGCAAGGAUUAGCUGCUGGAGUUACUUCAGUCAUCGUUGGAUUUUUAAGAGUAUUACCAAUGUCAACGAAUAAAAAAGCAGAUUAUGUCCCAGUUGAUUACUCUGCUAAUGCACUAAUUAGUGUAAUGUGGGAUACAGUCAUCAGAUAUAAAAAUAGCGAUGAAAAAAACAAUGAACCAAAAAUCUAUAAUUACGUGUCUAGUAUCGACAGACCAUUUUUUCUGGGCACGUUCCUUGACUAUGUUUAUGAAAGUUACUAUGAGGUGCCUCCGUUACAAUCAAUGUGGUAUAUAUGUUGUGUGUUUUCUGCAAAUCGUUGGAUCAUUAGUAUUACGAGGUUUUUAUUACACCGAAUACCUUCUGCGCUUGUAGAUUUGUCAUUAUUUAUUUGUGGCAAAAAUCCAAAAAUGUUGAAAAUGUAUAAGAAAGCAGAAAAAAUGACGGAUACGCUUAGUGUGUUUACUACGAAUGAGUGGAAAUUUGAUAAUAGUAAUACCCGAAAAUUAUGGACGUUACUAAGUCAAGAGGAUCGCAAGAAGUUUCACUUCAAUUUCGAAGGAUUUGAUUGGAGGCUCUAUACACGACAUAUAGUCUACGGGGUUAGGAAACAUAUUUUACAUGAAGACUUAAAUAACAUAACAAAAGCAUUAUCAAAACAUCGAAAGUUAUUUUGGUUGCAUCAGUUGUGCAUUUGUUUUUUUAUUUACAUCGUAUUACAAGUAUGUUGGAUGUUUGUGAUGAGUAUUACAGAAACAUUUCAGAACGGGGCGGUUUUCGUUACCGGAUGUACGGGGUUUCUGGGGAAAAUACUCACAGAAAAAUUGCUAAGGACAUGUGACGUGAAGAAUAUUGCAAUUCUCGUUAGAGGUAAAAAUGGUUUAACUGCCAGUCAAAGAGUGGAAAAUAUGUUUAAACAAUCUAUAUUUGACCGCCUUAGAACUGAAAAACCCGACUUUGUGACCAAGAUAAAAAUAAUUGAUGGACAUUUAGAAGAAAACUUAUUAGGAAUUUCAACAGAAAAUCGUGAUUGGUUGAUAAAAAAUGUGAAUUUUGUUUUUCAUUGUGCUGCUACAGUCAGAUUUAAUGAAACUAUUCGGAUGGCAACAAAGAUAAACAUUCAAGGAACAGAAAAUACAUUAGCACUAGCAACGGACAUGAAUAACCUUAAGGGUUUUGUGUAUGUAUCAACCGCUUAUUCCCACUGCCUGAGAAAUGAAAUUAAAGAAGAAUCCUAUCCCGUUUCAAUAACAGUCAAAGAAUUAAAAAAAUUAAUUAUACUAAAUAAAAUUAACAACGUUUUGAAAGAUUGGCCUAAUACAUACACUUUUACUAAAGCACUCACCGAAAAUAUGAUAUUAACGAACGAAAACCAAUUACCGAUUUCAAUAUUUCGUCCAUCAAUCGUAGGUUGCACGCAAUCUGAACCAGAACCAGGUUGGUUUGAUGGUAUGCAAGGAUUAACUGCUGUAGUUACUGGAGUCAUCGUUGGAUUUAUAAGAGUAUUACCAAUGUCAAUGAAUAAAAAAGUAGAUAUUGUCCCAGUUGAUUACUCUGCCAAUGCACUAAUUAGUGUAAUGUGGGAUACGGUCAUCAGAUAUCAAAAUAGCGAAAACAAAAACAAUGAACCAAAAGUCUAUAAUUACGUGUCUAGUUCCGACAGACCAUUACAUUGGGGCACGUUCUUUGGCUAUGUUUAUGAAACUUACUAUGAGGUGCCUCCGUUACAAUCAAUGUGGUAUAUAUGUUGUGUGUUUACAGCGAAUCGUUGGAUCAUUAGUAUUACGAGGUUUUUAUUACACCGAGUACCUUCUGCGCUUGUAGAUUUGUCAUUAUUUAUAUGUGGCAAAAAUACAAAAAUGUUAAAAAUGUAUGCAAAAAAAGAAAAUUUGACGGAUGUGAUUAAACCGUUUACUACGAAUGAGUGGAAAUUUGAUAAUAGUAAUACUCGUAAAUUAUGGACGUUACUCAAUCAAGAGGAUCGUAAGACGUUUCAGUUCAAUUUCGAAGGAUUUGAUUGGCGGCUCUAUAUACGAAAUAUAGUUUACGGGAUUAGGAAACAUAUUUUACAUGAAGACUUAAAUAACAUUACAAAAGCAUUAUCAAAACAUCGAAAGUUAUUUUGGUUGCAUCAUUUGUGCAUUUGUUUUUUUAUUUACAUCAUAUUACAAAUAUGUUGGACGUUUGUGGUACUACCAAUGUUGACCUAAGAAUAAUGCGCUUAAAGAGCUGCCCUCGUCAACUAUUGUUGUUAUCAUAUUUUUUUUUAUUAUCAUUAUUAUUAUUUGCAUUAUUUUAUAAUAUCGUCAAUCAAAAAUCAAUAUUCCCAAAUCAUAUUAAUAUAAUACCUAAUCAUGUACCUGUACACAACAUCAACAGUACCUAUACCUAUAAAAUUUAUAAAUCAACACUAUUGUCCAUUUGUUACUAAACUUAUAUCUAACUUUAUAACAAAGUGUAAAUAGUUUUGAUAUAUAACAGGGGUGGCCAAUAUGAAUGGUUUCGCGGGCCACAUGCCCACAUAUCUAAAUAUAAUGAUACUAAAAAUUUAAAAUUGUAUUAAUAAAUAAUAAUACAUAUUAUUGUUAUAUUAUAAUAAGUAAAUUUUAAUCUUAUAAAUAAGACGGUAGCAGAAUCUGACCAUGACGAGAUCCACAUGCGGCGCGCGAGCUGCAAGUUGGCCACUUCUGAUACAUAACUUAAAACAGGCAAUUUCCUAUUAGAUUUUAAUACAAAAUAUGUAUUUUUGUGAUGAUAUAAAAAAAAUAUAUUAAUUAAAAAAUUGGA